UACAUCGAUUCGUAUAAUCGAGCUCGUGGCACUCAAAGAAAUUCUCUUUGCAUUUGAUUAUAUGUGUUUGGGCACAAUUCUUCGCACAUGCACGUCCAUAAAUAUAUAUAUAUUUGCCGAUCGCACGUGCAGAUGCGUUUCGAGGGGAAACGGAGCACAUUUAACCGUCAAAUUUAGUAUCGAUAUAUUAGUAUCAAAGUACACGGUUGGCUUGACUCACUGUCAGAGAUAAAGAUAAAUCGAGCUAACGAGCUUAGAUAACGAGGAACUACUGGCAAACUGCUGAAGAAAGAAUGGCGGAUGCGAACAAACCCGCAUCUAACUCCGAGAGCUCUCCUCGUCUCGAGGUGAUCGAUCGAGUAAAAAAUAUCCCGGUGGUUCACUCGGCUAUCGAGAAGACGGGUUCCACGUAUUCCUACGUUAAAGAUUCCCAUCAUUUGAUCAACUGGGCGCUGAGCUACGCCGAAGCAGGGCUGCAUUAUGCGACCGCCACUGCGACGCCAAUCGCAGCUCCCUUGGCGAAGAAAUUCGAGGGACAGAUUAACGCCGUUGACCAAAAGCUGUGCCAAGGGCUAGACAUCGUCGAACAAAAGGUCCCGAUGGUGAAGCAACCGCCGCAGCAGAUAUACGACGCUGCUAAAGCGGUUAUGAGCAGUUCCUUGCAGCCAACCAUCGACAAACUCAACGCGAGCAAGCAAUCAGUCUCGCAACAACUAGAUGCUCUGAAAGAGGUCGCUAUAGUUAAAGCGAAUGACCUCCUGAACACACCGUGCGGCAAUAAGGCUGUGGAAGGUGUUGACAACACCAAAGUGCUCGUCAAUCGUUUAUUGGAUCGUUAUUUCCCUGCUGUGGAGGAAGAGAAAGAUGAACCAAAUCCAGUCUCGGCAGAUGAAAACAAGGUGCUUCAUGCGGUGCAGACUAUUGGCCAUCUGUCGAAAAAAACCGCUAAUCGCGUCUAUCAUUCGGUUGCUGCGCAAUUGAGGACAGUAAAGAAGGAAGAUGUAGGAGCAUACAUAUCUAGCGUCGUAUCUAUUCUCCAUCUUACGCACUUCUUGAACAAUGGGCAGAAACUAAGCGAUGAGACAAAGGAGACACAGUCAAGCAGUUAAUCGAAUAAUAAGGAGGUGCAGGAAAAAUAAGCUUGAAAUUUGAAAAUACCUCGUAUAUCUAUCUCAUCAUUUGAUGUACAAUUUAAUUAAUUCAUUCGUCUCUAAUUUUUAAGAUUUUCGAAUGUUUGCAGAAACAUAAGCGAUGUAAGAGGUAAAAUUCUACAGUAUACUUUAUUCAUGCAAGUUUCACAUAUUUAUUGAAAAAUUUAUUAAUAUUUCUUUCAAUAAGAAAAUGCUAUUAUAAAUGUAAAAUUCGUUAAUAACGGGCAAAUCUUUAUAGAAUGCUAAAAUAUUAGAUCUUUACGGACGAACGUAACGAGUGAAUUAAUGUACCUAUUUUCGGAUACUCGUGUAAGUUUUAUGUUUUACUUAUGAUAUACUUAUGAUAUGUAUGACUUUUCUUUUUCCUUUUCUUUUAUCCUAAUCCACAAUCAGGAUAAAAUCCACAAUCACAAAAUGAAUUGUGUGAUAUGUACUAAGAUAAAAUUGCACAUGUGUAUUUUAGCGAUAUUUCUCGUGCACUUGAAGAUUUAUAUUGAAAUAAGUUGCAAAAUUUCACCAUGUCUCUAUGCCUAUGGAAAACGAGUGAAAUUUCUUCUUAAUGAUAAAUUUAGUCGUUAAUUGUAUAAUGUACAAAUAUUUUUAAGCAUCACAAAGCAUGUUAUUUCGAAGGACUGCUACGAAUGUAAAAGAUAUAUAUGUAUAUAAAUGUAAAUACAUAUAUAUAUAUUUUUUUUAAAGUAUGAGAUGUAACACUAUAUACACUUUACAAGCUUA